AUGGAUAAUAGUUUUACAAUCAAGAAGAAUGGAAUCAUGCUUCAUAACGGUCAUGUUGUGCCCCACAACCCACAUUUUCUUAUGAAAUAUGAAGCACACAUUAACAUGGAGUGGUUCAAUCAAAGAACUUAUAUUGAAUAUCUCUUUAAGUAUAUCAACAAGGGUUUUGAUAGAAUAUCAGUUAUUAUUGUUCCAAGUGCAGCUAGUGGUGAAGGGAAUAAUGACGAAAUCAAACAAUACUUUGAUUGUAGAUAUGUUUUACUAAGUGAAGCGUGUUGGAGAAUUUUUUCAUAUUUUAUCCAUGGAAGGAAAUCGGUCGUUGAAAGAUUGUUUUUUCACAUGGAAGGAGAGAACUCGGUGUACUACAAAGACUUUGAACAAAGUGGCAAUGUCCUUCUAAAGUCGAGUAUAACUGAAUUCAUGUUUACAUCUUGA